UGGGAGCACGAGGCUGACGGUGACGGGAACCGGCUUCAGCACCAUCCAGAAGCCCCGAGUGCGAGCUCAAUACCGGGGCCUGGAGUCCAGUAAUAGUUGUCGAGUGCUGAAUGAGACAGUGAUGCUGUGCCGAGCUCCAGGCCUGGGGGGAGCUGAGUGGCCGGUGACGGUGACGGAGAAGGGGGUCGAGGCCGAGCAGUUUGGGUUCAUCCUGGACGGGGUUCGCUCCCUCCUCUCCCUCAACACCUCGUUUACCUACUACCCCAACCCCGAAUUCCAGAGCUUUGGAGGCACAGGCACAUUGGACGCCAAGCCAGGCUCCCCCCUCAUCCUCAAGGGUAGGCACCUGGUACCCGCUGGUCCAGGCAGCUCUCGCCUGAACUACACUGUCCUGAUCGGGGACACACCUUGUGCUAUCACCGUCUCCCACACACAGCUCCUGUGUGACUGUCCUACAACCACCGGGCGACACAGGGUCAUGGUGAGGGUGGGGGGGGUACAGUUCUCCCCGGGGAUGCUGCUGGUGUUCUCUGACAGUGUGCUGACGUUGCCGGGGGUGGUGGGGUUAGGGGUGGGGGGCUCCUCGCUCCUGGUGGCUAUCGUGGCGGUGUUGGUGGCGUAUAAGCGCAAGACCCGGGACGCAGAUCGCACACUCCAGAGGCUCCAGCUCCAGAUGGACAACCUGGAGUCCAGAGUGGCUCUGGAGUGUAAGGAAGCCUUUGCUGAGCUACAGACAAACAUCCACGAGUUGACGAAUGAUUUGGAUGGAACAGGAAUCCCGUUCCUGGAUUAUAAAACCUACACAACCCGCGUUCUCUUCCCGGGAAUUGACGAUCAUCCCGUCCUCAAGGAACUAGACGCUCCCUCCAACGUGGAGAAGGGUCUCAAGCUGUUUGGUCAGUUGCUGAGUGACAAGGUUUUCCUGCUGACGUUCAUUCGCUGUCUGGAAACCCAGCGCAGCUUCUCCAUGAGGGACCGGGGGGUGGUGGCUUCCCUGGUGAUGACCGCCCUCCAGGGGAAGAUGGAGUACGCCACCGUGGUCCUCAAGCACCUCCUCGCGGACCUGAUCGAGAAGAACCUCGAGAAUAAGAACCAUCCCAAACUGCUGCUGCGGAGGACCGAGUCUGUGGCUGAGAAGAUGUUGACAAAUUGGUUUACGUUCCUGCUGUACAGGUUCCUCAAUACUCCAGUGUACAAUGUACACUGUCAGUAA